UUCAAAAAUAUAUAAUAAAAGCAAAUUAAUCACAAAAUUAUUAAAAGAUGGGCCCGGUUCGAAUUAUAAUCCUUGCUUAUAUGGGCUGCAGUAACCAGGACUCCUCUCUCACAUAUUUGGCCCAAAAUAAAAAUAAAUCAUUUUUGAACCCUAGUUGAAUUGAACCUUUUAAUUGAGCAAAUUUUCUCUUCAGUUGAAUUGUGUGUGCCGCCUCUCACACCGCUUUUCCUUUCCAAAGCGUCGCCGCCGCCGCCGCUUCCGCCUCCACUCCCGUCGCCAUGGAUGUCGAAGCCGCAGCCGCAGCGCCGCAGAAGCCUACGGUCCUAUUCGCACAGAAGCCGAACUUCCGGCCUCUGAAGGCGCACGAAAUCUCCGACGGCCAGAUCCAGUUCCGCAAAAUCUCGGUGCCGCCGCACCGCUACACCCCUCUGAAGAAAGCGUGGCUCGAAAUCUACACCCCGAUCUACGAGGAGAUGAAAAUCGACAUCCGGAUGAAUCUCAAGGCGCGCAGGGUCGAGCUCAAGACCCGGCCCGACACCCCCGACGCGAGCAACCUGCAGAAGUGCGCCGACUUCGUGCACGCCUUCAUGCUCGGCUUCGAUGUCAUCGACGCCGUCGCGAUGCUCCGGAUGGAUGAGCUCUACGUCGAGUCGUUCGAGAUCAAGGACGUGAAGACGUUGAAAGGGGAGCACCUGUCGCGAGCGAUCGGGCGGCUGAGCGGGAAAGGGGGGAAGACGAAAUUCGCGAUUGAGAAUUCGACGAGAACGCGGAUCGUGAUUGCGGAUUCCAAAAUUCAUAUGCUUGGAUCGUUUGCUAAUAUCAAGGUCGCUAGGGAUUCGCUUUGUAGCCUAAUUUUGGGAUCCCCUGCUGCUAAGGUGUAUUCGAAGCUCAGAGCAGUCACAGCUCGCCUCGCUGAAAGGUUUUAAUUUUUAUUUUUAUUUUUAUUUUUUCUUUAACUUUGGUUUCGUUUUUGAUCAUGUAUGUUAUGAGAUAGUAGCUCUUAAAUAUUCGAUUGUGCUAAGACAUUGAAUUUUUGGGCAAUUUUUGAUAGUUUCUUGUUGAUUA